CCCCUCUUCGCAUCCAAUGAACGAGAUUUUCAUAGCUAUGCCGCGAGUGCUAUCUCAUGGAUGGCGGGCUGGAUUCGGUCAAGGUUGCCGUCCCGCGGGCGCAAGAACGGAUGUGUAUGCAGCGCGCGGAACCAUCGACUGAGGCAGCGGGAGCAUCUACCAUGCAAUAUUGUGUCAAGUGCGCCUUCCUGACUACCAUCCUCCCCAGCGAUACACCAGCCAGCAUACUCAGCAUGUCCGAUCUUUCCCCCUCCGACGACGGCCUCCGAGACUUCAUGCGAGAUCCUGACAACCCCCGUACUCUAGCGGUGGCCCUCCGAAAGGCGAUCGCAAAGGUCUAUAUGGGGCGCGGUCCUUUGCGCAAGUACAGAUCUCUACACGAACACGCAUCCGACACCGAACUCGCACUGGCGGGAAGGCACAUUAACAACCUACGCGCCGGGAGAAGCCAGGAUGUAGAUCAACUGGGUCGUCACGCCCUGGAAGCGUCGCUGAAGAGAGUCGCGGAGACGCUGCCGAUCCUUCGGUCGCUCACGCCCAGCAGCCAUCGGAUCCUCGUCACCGAGUUCUCUUCCGAGGCGACGAUGCUCAAAGAGGCCUCUACCCACUCUCCGCACCCUUACUCGCUCACAUCCAAGAACACGGCGCUCUCGCUAUACACCCUCCUCGCCGCCUUCUCACGCAACAGCAAUGGCGGGCAAGUCAUCGACGCUUGGGUCACAUCCAGCCUCAGGCCACUCUUGGAGAAGGUUGGCUGUAUCCUCUACAUGCAGUGCGUACAUUUCUGCGUAGAGAACGUGUACUGACCGCCGCCGCUGUAGCGAUGGGUUGAACAUGCAGGUUGAUCCUGAGGGUGGCCCCUUACUCCUCGCGCCCG